GCGGACGGGCCUCGGACGGCUACUGAUGGGCCCUGAGUACCUCUGGGCCUUGUCGUUCGGUUCCCGCGCCACGCCGGACUCUGGUCCGCACUGCUUCGGGCGCACUCCGUGCCGCGCACCGGCUUGUUCCUCCGGGAGGUGUGCGUGCUUCUUCCUUCCCCCGCCCCCCUUCCCUUUGAUCCUGCCGCGCACUGCGUCCCCCACGCAGAUCCCCGGCUCACCUCCCGCCUGGUGGCGGACCCGUGGUCAUGCAGACCCAGCAGCCAGCAGCGCCGAAUACGUGUCCCCGCAAACCCUCCCGGAGCCUCUCUGGUUCACUUUGUGCCCUGUUUUCUGAUGCAGACUCGGGAUCUGGGAUGAAGGCGGAGCUUGUUCCUCGGCCUGGGGCAGGGGGGAGGGAGAUGACCCAAGAAGAAAAGCUGCAGCUUCGGAAGGAAAAGAAACAGCAGAAGAAGAAACGGAAGGAGGAAAAGGGGGCAGAACCAGAAACUGGCUCUGCUGUCUCUGCAGCCCAAUGUCAAGCAGGCCCGACCAAAGACCUGCCUGGACUGGACAGUCAGCUGGGCAGUGCCAAGGAGAAAGUUCCAGCAGGUCGGAGUAAGGCUGAACUUCGAGCUGAAAGGCGGGCCAAGCAGGAGGCUGAGCGGGCCCUGAAGCAGGCAAGAAAAGGGGACCAAGGAGGCCCACCUCCUCAGGCCUGCCCCAGCACAGCUGGAGAAACCCCCUCAGGAGUGAAGCGUCUACCCGAGCAUAGUCAGGUUGAUGACCCCACGCUUCUGAGGAGGCUUGUUAAAAAACCAGAACGACAGCAGGUUCCUACACGAAAGGAUUAUGGAUCCAAAGUCAGUCUCUUCUCCCACCUACCCCAGUACAGCAGACAAAACUCUCUAACCCAGUUUAUGAGCAUCCCAUCCUCUGUGAUCCACCCAGCCAUGGUGCGACUUGGCCUGCAGUACUCCCAGGGCCUGGUCAGUGGCUCCAAUGCCCGGUGCAUUGCCUUGCUUCGUGCCUUGCAGCAGGUGAUUCAGGAUUACACCACACCUCCCAGUGAAGAACUGUCAAGGGACCUAGUGAAUAAACUAAAGCCCUACUUCAGCUUCCUGACUCAGUGCCGUCCCCUGUCAGCGAGCAUGUACAACGCCAUCAAGUUCCUUAACAAGGAGAUCACGGGUGUGAGCAGCUCCAAGCGGGAAGAGGAGGCCAAGUCAGAACUUCGAGCAGCCAUCGAUCGAUAUGUGCAAGAGAAGAUUGUGCUUGCAGCUCAGGCAAUCUCACGCUCUGCUUAUGAGAAGAUCAGUAAUGGAGAUGUAAUCCUGGUAUAUGGAUGCUCAUCUCUGGUAUCACGAAUUCUUCAGGAGGCUUGGGCUAAGGGCCGGCGGUUUCGGGUGGUAGUGGUGGACAGCCGGCCACGGCUGGAGGGAAAGCACACACUACGUUUUCUGGUCCGUGCUGGGGUCCCUGCCUCCUACCUGCUGAUUCCUGCAGCUUCCUAUGUGCUCCCAGAGGUUUCUAAGCUGCUGUUGGGAGCUCAUGCACUCCUGGCCAACGGGUCUGUGAUGUCACGGGUAGGGACAGCACAGCUGGCCCUGGUGGCACGGGCCCAUAAUGUGCCAGUGCUGGUCUGCUGUGAAACAUACAAGUUUUGUGAGCGUGUGCAGACUGAUGCCUUUGUCUCUAAUGAGCUAGAUGACCCUGACGAUCUGCUGUGUGAGCGAGGAGAACGUGUGGCCCUGGCUGACUGGCAGAACCACUCGUCCCUACGGUUGUUGAAUCUGGUCUAUGAUGUGACCCCCCCAGAACUGGUGGAUCUGGUGAUCACGGAGCUGGGCAUGAUCCCUUGCAGUUCUGUACCUGUUGUGCUGCGAGUCAAGAGUAGUGACCAGUGAGUGGGUGAACACAGGGUCAAUAAAUGACAUACUCCCUACACUUAGCAACUCUGCUGCCUUUUAUCUCUUUUAGCAUUGCCACCACUUAGGUUAGGAGUCCAGACUGUCCAGCCCCUCUUAGCACCUGCUACCAACCUCCAUGCCAGUGCUUUGGGGCCAAAGUGAAGGUCAGUAUGGAGACCAUAAACUAUCCAAGUCAUCAACCAUUUAUUGAGUAUCUAUGUGCCAGACACUGAGCUAGACAUGAGGAAGAGUAUAAUAAGGACAAAUAAGAGUCCUAUCCUUAGUAUUUUAGUAUUAUUAUUACAUUAAUAUUUAAGUUAAACCAAUAUAUUGAUAUUUACGUUAAAUAGUUACACAUUAAUAUAUUAAUAUUUUGUAUCCUUAGUAUUGAGUAUUUACUGUGUGUCAUAAACUGUUGUAGUCCUGUUUUAUCCAUUUAGGAAGAUUAAUACCACUCUAUGAAGUGUGAUUUUAUAGAUGAGAUCACUGGGGCACAGAGAGGUUAAGUUACUUGCCCAAGGUAACACUAACUAAACCGGCAUGUGAUCUCCGGCAUUCUGGAUCUAGAGACUGUGCCUGUAAUUUUUACGCUAUCUGCCAUUAAGGAGUACUCAUCAUGAUGGAGGAAGACAGAUGACAUCUACACUAUGAGAUACAUUCUACUAGUAGUAUGAACAGAGUUCAUUGGAAGUAACCUAGGAUGUUGCCAGGAGAUCUAGUGAGGUUGGAGAAGACUUCACAGGUAAAAUCUGACCUAGUCCUUGAAGGAUAAGAAGUUUCCCAGUUGGAAAAGAAUGAGAACGCAGGUGAACAGAGGAAAUAACUUAGACUACAGAAUAGGCCUUAAAAUGACUGGCCAAUUCCAAAGUGUCAAGUAGUGUGGUAAAGCUAGAACCUCGGCUUAUGUGGACAAUUAGUGAUACAGCUGCUAACGUAGGUUGGAUUGGGUCCAGAUUGUGAGAGUCUAACCAUUGUGGUUAGCCUAAAAAAUAUGUUAGAGUCAUCCAUUUUGUGUGUGUGUGUGUGUGUGUGUAUGUGUGUGUAUGUUUUAUUGAAAAAUUUUAAGCAGCAUAGAAGUACAGUGAACUAUACAAAGAAUCCCCAUCACCAAAUGUAGUAAUUAUCAAGAUUCGCCACAUAUGCUUUUUUUGUUUCCCUUUUUUUCCUUGCUGAAGUUGUAUUAGAGCAAAUCCCAGUCAUUAUAUCGUUUUACUCCUCCAAACGUCAUUAUGUCUCUAAAAAAUAUGGAAGCUUACCAUGUCAUUACACUUAUUAAACUCUUCCUUAUUGUCCAAGCCAUAAUCAAAUUUCCUUGAUUGUCUCAAAAGCAGCUUUUUACUGUUGAAUCAGGAUCCAAACAAAUCCAUAUAUUACAUGUCGUUAUUUUGUCUUAAAUUUUUUGUAAUCAAAAGCAGUCUCUCCAACCCCGCCCCUUCUUUUCUCAUGACAUAGACUUGUGCCAGGAACCAGGUUGAGUAUGUUUCAUACUGCCUUGCCAUCAGGUUGGUUGGUCCAUUUUCAGUGAUGAAAGGGUCUAGGUGUUUUAAAGUUUCCCAACAAACUUUUAUUUAGUGGUUUCAUCCACUUUUAUUGUUGCCUGAAUUAUUUCUUUAGAGGAUGCAACAUGGUGAAUUUUUUUUCCUAAUUACAUCAUUCCAUACGUACUAGCUAAUAAUCUUCUAUAAAGAACGCCCUCUCAUCAGUUACUAUUCUGAAUUACAGUCCAUACUGGAAAGGCAAGAUAAAAGUUUAAUUCUUUCCUUUUAAUUGCCAGUUUUCAGGAUUGAUCACUGGUUACUUCCAGUGGCAUACAAUGAGAAGUUGUUGCAUUUUUGGCUUUCUCUCUAUAAAGAUUAUGAUGAAUUCAUGUUUUUUUACAUAUUGAGCAUACCACUCAAUCAUCAAAAUUAAGCAGAGGUUCAACAGGGUGAGCUCUGUGCUUUAGCUGGUAGCUGGUAGAGAUUAGAGGCAGAGAACCAGAUCAAUUAAAAAGAGAUUGCCUAUCAAUCAAAAUCACAAAUGCACCUAAACUUUGGUCCAGCAAUUCUGCUUCUAGGAACUUAAUGCUAGCCAUAUAGUUGCACAUUUGAAGUAGCUUAGAUACAGAGUUAUUUAUAGCAGCAUUGUUUAUAAUAGCAAAAGACUGGAAACCACCUGGAUAUCCAUUAAUAAUAAGGGCUAAUUAUUACUACAUUCAUAUAAUUACAUACUAAGCAAUCAUAACAAAGAAUAAGGAAGGUUUUUAUAUAGAGAAAUGGAAUAGUCUCCAAGGUACACUCAAAAGAAGUAAGGUGCAGGACAGUGUGUGUAGUUGCUGUUUGAAUUAAAAGGGGGAAAGAUUCCCUGGCUGCGGAACUAGAUCCCACAUGCGCAGCGCGGCCAAAAGGUUAAAAAAAAAAGGUGUGUGUGUGAGGGGGAGAUAUAUAUGUAUUUGCAUGUGUAUAAAUACAGAAAGUAUCUUGGACCUGUAACAAGAAAACUGCCUGGGUGGAUGUGGUCUGGGAGGCUGGAGACAGGUGAAAGGUACUCUUCACUUUAUAUCCUAUGUAUCUUUUGAAUUUGCAGCCAUGUGAAUGUCUUAUCCCCAAAAUAAAUACAAUUAUUAGUAUAAAAAAGAUUUUGCUUUAGGGGAAGUCAAAGAUAGUCUAAUCUGAGGCAACAGGAAUGGAGAAGAGUCAGAUUUGUUCAUUACAGAAAUAAAUGCUUGAAAACAAUUUUAAUAGAAAAAUAAAUGCUUGAAGUUAUCAAGUUGAGAGCUGUUCAUCGGACAAGCACUGUAGAUACCCCGUAUUAGAGGAACUGCAGCCUCGACUGCACCCGAUUUUGCACUCUCAGAAA